UUUUUCUUUCCAAAUUUUAUUUAUUUACAUCUGAGAAAAACUAAAACAAAGGUUCUGAGUGUUCAUAUCGCUGAACUUUUAAAUUGUCUGAUACGUAUGUUGGCAAGGUUUUAAAACGACUGUUAACAUUUUUCGUUGCUUCUGGAGGGUGUGUUAUUUUGUAACGUAACUUUACCAAAUUCGCAUUGCAUAUGUUUGUUCAGAAUGGCGUUUAUGUGUGUGGAAAGGAGUAAAGUGUAAAUUUUUCGUACAUGUAAAUGGUUACAGGGGCCGACCACAGCAUAGGUACGUCAUGGGCAAGCUACUUUCAAAGAUAUUUGGAAACAAGGAGAUGAGAAUCCUGAUGCUGGGUUUAGAUGCAGCUGGCAAGACCACCAUCCUGUACAAGCUGAAGCUGGGCCAGUCGGUCACGACGAUACCCACGGUGGGCUUCAACGUGGAGACGGUGACGUACAAGAACGUCAAGUUCAACGUGUGGGACGUGGGGGGUCAGGACAAGAUCCGGCCGCUGUGGAGGCACUACUACACCGGCACGCAGGGUCUCAUCUUCGUGGUGGACUGCGCGGACCGCGACCGCAUCGACGAGGCGCGGCAGGAGCUGCAUCGCAUCAUCAACGACCGCGAGAUGAGGGACGCCAUCAUCCUCAUCUUCGCCAACAAGCAGGACCUGCCUGACGCCAUGAAGCCUCACGAGAUCCAGGAGAAACUGGGGCUGACGCGGAUACGAGACAGGAACUGGUACGUGCAGCCGUCCUGUGCGACCACCGGCGAUGGGCUGUACGAGGGACUCACUUGGCUCACCUCCAACCACAAGUUAUGAACGUAGAACCGCGGGGGUGACGCGUGGGAGUGCUCGAUAGCUGCCGUGGGACGUGUAUAGCAACGACCCGGCACUGACCGGACCUAACUACUUGGCAAUAGCAACUAUUAUAAGAUGAUAGGCGGAAGUGCUUGGGUCCCUCGCAGGGAUGUUCUCCUUUAUUUUACACUUUCUCAAUUAUGCCAUGAUCAUUGUAAAAUUUUGAAACCUUAAUCAAAAUUAGGGGGCUCAAAUUGAGUCCCGGGUGGAUCCCUCCGGUGCGAGGGGUCAAGUACGACGUACAGCAUAGCGUAAUUGACGCACCGAUAGCAUUGUCGCACUGCUCUUAGUUCUGAGUGCAGCACAAGCAACCAGAGAUUAGUGUUGGUAUAGUUUGUGUGCGGUCGUGGGAUGAGGCAGUUUAUGAAAUCUUACUUUUUUUGUAUUUCACUAUUGAUGGAAGGACUUUUCUAAACUAUAAUUUUUAAUGUUGUUAUUUAUUGGCUGAUGUAAAAUAUGAGUAUAGCUACAAGGUAUUUGAAUGUAAGAAAUAUAUAGAAGGUGAAGUUGCAACUUGUAUAUAGACUUGAUAAUUUGAGGCGUAUGUGAAUGUGUGUUUGUUGUUAAUUUCUGCUGCAUGUUUUUUUUUUUUUAAAUGUUCUGUAAGUUGUUUCAAAAAAAAAAAAAUUUUUUCCAAUUACAUCAGUGAGUAUGUGUUGCAUGUUUGGAAGUGUGUGUAAAUAAUUGUAGGCGAGUGAUGAUACUUGAAAUGUUUGGUUCUGUUAAGUUUGUGGUUGGUAGAAUGCCUGGUAUGCAAAGUAUGUAACCUGCCUAUUGUACGUAAUUAUUUACGUUACAGAACAAUCAAUUUCGGCGCAGUUGUAAGACUUUUUUUCCUGUACAUUCCUUCUUUGGUCAGUGUGACUAUUUUUCAGAUUGAUUUAGAUUUUUAUAUUGUUUUUACAGUAAGUCAACUGUAGCUUUCAAAGAAAUUACAGUUGAAUACAAGUAUUGCAUUCACUCUUAAUGUAAUUCAAGAUGUUGAUGUAUUUUGAAGUUGUGAAAACACUGUUGAUGUGUGUGUAUGUUGUGCCACAUUAUAAUUGCAAUUAUACAGAUUUGAUAAAAUUGAAAGUACUGAGUUUGCAGGUCUCCUUUAUUUUUAGGAAAACAAUUUUGUAGAUUAUGGCUGUAUAUGCAUAUAGGAUACAAAUUUAUUAAAUUAGAGCCAAAACCAGCAUGUAAGUAAUAAUUUUUUAAAUAUAUGUCAUUUGAUUGUACCUUCUGUUGUGUCUCUGUGUAGUUGGAUGAUGCAGUUUUCUUGCUCCGUCUGUUUGGGGGCAAUGAAUGGUUAGUCUUACAAUUGUGCCGUCUUACCAGUGAUGUUAAAGGACCAAUCGUGUUCCUUUUGCAUGUUAACACAUAGAAUGUUUGUUUCUAACAUUCGUGGUGCUUUUUACUUGUGUCAUACAGUUCGAUUCUUAAUUCUUACAAGUAAAUUUUGUGCUAAAUGUGAGGGUGUUGCAUCUUUCUUGUUACAUGUGACAGCGUGCAUAAUAUUGUCUUUCAGGGUGUUGAUUAUUCAUGUGUGGUCAGUUGAAGUUUAACUGUUUACUGUAUUACUGAGUUUGUAUUACAGUUGGCUUGAAUGAUGAUAAAAACAUUCCAGAAA